AGAUCAUAAGGACUAAUUCAAAAAAGUGUAGAUGGCGUACUACAUUUAAAUAUGUUUCUACCACCAUCAUGUGGCUUUCAGAAUUAAUGAUACUUUUGAUAAUUGGAGUUUUGCGAGCUUGCCAUGGCAACGUAGACCCAACUUCUGACGUCUACAAAUCUGUGCUAGAGAACUACAACCCUGCCCUUAGACCGAAUUGUGGAGAUGGUUCUUCAACACAAGUUAAAAUUGGUAUUGCAGUCAGACAAAUACUAGAACUGGACGAGCCGUCACAGAUUCUCACCACCAACAUCUGGGUCAGACUCUCAUGGAACGAUUGCCGAUUGAAAUGGAACACAACUUCCGGUGUUUCAAGCUUGACUGUCCCUUAUAAACAAAUCUGGACUCCGGACAUUACUCUCUACGACAACGCAGAUAAUGUACUUGGAGGUGCAGAAGACUACAGAGCGUCUAUUUACCCAGAUGGUUCUGUAUACUAUUAUUUUCCGAGCGUAGUUGCUUCCCUUUGUAAAAUGGACGUCACUUACUUUCCGUAUGACACACAGAUAUGUCCAUUGAAGCUUGGCUCGUGGGCUUAUUUCGGUAAUGAGCUCAAUCUGACAUUACGAGAUGGUGAAACUUCUGCGGAUGCAUCUACAUACAAGGAAAAUGGCGAAUGGGAAAUUGCUGGUGCCCCAGCAGUUCGCCACGUCACGUACUAUUCGUGUUGUGUACAUCCUUUCCCUGACGUCACGUUUUACGUAACGCUGAAAAGAAGACCGCGCUUUUAUCUACUGAGUCUAAUGUUUCCGUGUAUAUUAAUGUCGUCAAUGGCUGUUCUUGGGUUUCUUCUUCCGCCCGACUCCGGCGAAAAGGUGUCGCUCGAGAUAACAGUCCUGCUGUCGUUGUCUGUAUUCAUGCUUGUUGUCUCAGAAUCAAUGCCGCCGACGUCAGAAACAUUUCCUUAUAUAGGCCUGUACUUUACAAGCGCCAUGGUACUGGUUUCCUGGUCAUGUUUGAUGACCGUGACGGUACUAAAUCUUCACCACAGGGGAGGUAGCGGACGCCGGUUACCAGCUUGGGUUAGGAAAGUGUUCCUAAAGUGGAUUGCUAGGAUACUGUUCGCGCAACCAUUUCAAAAGGAUGAUGAUGAAAACACAAAUGUAUUUUUUAAACGGAAUAAAGUGGAAGAUUCUAAUGUAUUUUCGGAUGAGGUGAAUAUCACAGACUUGGAAUCAAAAAUCGCGGUUGAUGACGAGUUUUGCAACGAUCAUUUUGUUCCCCGAAACCGUUCCAGACGACACUCUUCGAUAAAGAACAUCCGUCGGAAGUCGAUGUUUGCUGUUCCGUUAGCAAACGCUUUCGUCAUGAACAAUCGGAACAAUCCGAUUUCUACCGAAGAUUCACGAUCAGAAGAGAUGAGGGUUGUGAAGUUACAACUUCAGUGUAUAGAGUCGAUCCAUGAUUAUUUUAACAGACAGAAGCAGUUUGAUGAGGUGGCAGAAGAAUGGCAGAAUCUGGCGAAAGUUCUGGACAGGGUGUUUAUGAUUUUGUUCUUUGUAUUCCAGUUCAGCACAACUGUGUUUAUGAUGGUGAAAGUGUCGGGGGACCACUGACUCUUAAACAAGUGUAAAAUUUACGUACUUUUAUUGUGCAUUGUUAAAAGAUAUUCCGUGUAAGCAGUUCAUUAAACUUUUACAAAUAAAUGUUCUUGAUUA